UAAAUGAUGCCCUGGAAAAGGGUGUAAGGAGAGACAGGACCAGUGUGGACUCAAGUGAACUUGACUUCCUGUUGGUCAGCUGCAUCAUGAAGAUAGUCCUUCUUCUCUCCUUGCUGACCCUGGCCACCCUAUGCCUCUGCAAGCAAGAUGCUCAAGGUGGUCCCCAAGACUCUGGCAAAAGAACAGCCUUUGCCUCCAAGCGUGAGAGUAGCGAGCUGGUGAGGAGACCAAAGCGCUACCUGUACAACUGGCAAGGGCUUCCUGCUCCCUAUCCUGACCCUUUGGAGCAGAAACGGGAGGUGUGUGAGCUUAACCCCGACUGUGAUGAGCUAGCUGACCACAUUGGCUUCAGUGAGGCCUAUCGGCGAUUCUACGGGACAGCCUAGACCCCAGAACACCUACUCCCUCCCAUGUGCUGCUGCCUGUACGUCCUCGCCCCACCCUUCAUUCGGAGACACCCCGCCCACAUCCUUGGCUUCAAGCUACGCAGCUGUUCCCCUGAGCUCCUCCCAUUCAAGUUCCGACCUUCUGGCUUCCUCAAAAAUAAACACGAGGGG